UGUGCUGGUUCGAUUGAUUGGCACAAGCCAUAUAAAUCGACCAAUAAUUAAAUGUUUUACAAGUUCAUUCAGGUAGUGACACUGGUUGCUGGGUAGCCAUUGCCAAACACAAUACAAUUAGAGUUGAAUUAUACAUAUAGCAUGAUAGAUAUCAUUAGCUGACAGUUUAUUUUCUUUUUUAUUUGAUUUAUACCAUAAAAUUUUGAAGUAUUUUUAGUGAGAUUUAACGUGUAAAAUUCAAAAUGGUUUACAAUUAUACAAAACCCCGUGCGCCAAUCGCUGCUAUGUACAGCAGUCCUGGACCAUGUUAUGGACUACCUGGAUUAGUGGGACAGAAAACUCACGAUCCAAGAAGUGCACACAAUAAAGGACCAGCAUACCCAUUUGGUGUUCGUCAUGGUAAAUUCAAGGAUGACUGCAGUCCAGGACCUUGCUAUUACCCUAAUCCAAAAGUAUAUAGAGAUGGAAAUGAUGGAACACCUCAAUAUUCAUUAUACAGUCGGCAAAGAGAUCCCACAAUGUUCAAAGUUCCAGGCCCCGGUGCCUACAGUCCAGAAGGUGUUGGCCAAACAGCUCACUUCAGACAUCCACAAUACAGCUUUGGAACAAGACACAGACACAGGAGAACAGAUAACAACCCUGCUCCAAAUAAUUACACAUUAACUCCAAUGUUGGGAAAAACUGUCACUAGUGGCCAGAAACAAGCUCCAAUUUUCUCAAUGAAAGCAAGAUCAACAAUUGGCAGCUUCCAUGAAGAUUUAGCCAAGGCCCCAGGAGCAGGAACAUAUAACACAACAGAGCCCAGUAUUUAUAAAGAUAAAUCCCCAUUAUAUAGUAUGACCAGUAGAAAUGUUAUGCCAGGAGAUACCACGAAGAAACCUGGACCAGGAGCUCAUUCACCAGAAAAUGUAUGGAUGCAUAAAGUAAAACAACCAGCUCCAUCGUUUGGAAUUAGACAUUCUCAGUACUUAGCUCCUCUUAUAAUUGCUGAAGCAGAUUAAAAAACAAACAACUGUUUUCUUUUACAGGUCUACAUAACUAAACAGAAAGCCCCUGCACCAUCUUUCGGAAUACGACACAGUCAGUAUUUAGCUCCUUUAAUUGUCGGAGCUGAAGAUUAAAAAAAAAAUUAUUUGCCCUAUUUUGGAAUUUUAAAAAAAAUUGGUAAGUUCAUGAAAUUUCAGAGAAAUGGACUCUCAAGAAUGCCAGGAGGCUUGUGCAGAUAUAAUGACUUGUAUAACUCCGUCCAGAAAUUAUUGUGUAUCAAAAUUCUAAGAAACUGUGAUAUCAUUUUUAUGGAAGUAAGAAUGUUUGUAUUUAAUAUAAUUCAGUAUUACCAAAAAGUAUUCUUUAAAUGAAAAGUAUUGUGUACAACACAAAAGCACAUAAGGUUUUAUUUUACUACCACAUUUCUUUCUAUUUUUGUUACUGAUUUCUACUCUCUUUUUAAGAUGUAUGUUUUUUAAAGUUUUUGCAUAAAUUGUAAUUUUACUCUUUGUAUAUUUAAAUUUUAUUGUACAAAAAUAUAUAUAGAAGUUUUGUGCUAAGUUAAAAACUUUUAGAGUGCAUGUUGAAAGUAAAUGUUGCGCGAAAGGAAAAUGUUGCCAAACAUAGAUUAUAGCAUUAUAUUUCAUUUGUUAGUAAACAACAAUUGAAAACAUCAAACAUUCCAUUUUAAGUAAAGACAUGCAGUUGUAGAAACUAACUGUUCCCUCUGAUAGUGGUUGUUAACAUUGUUUUGUUAUUAAAUUAUUGAAAUGUUGAACUAAUGCUUGAAUACCUACGAUUAAAAAAAAAUAACAAAAAAUUGUUUGGAAACUUUUGAAAAAAAAGACAAACUAUAUUUUUAACUAUUGAUUGGCAUCAUUUUAUUGUGCAACUUUGUUAUGUAUUUAUAAUUGCUCAUUGUGAACGAUUUUUGUAGUCAAUAUUGUUUGUCCAGCAUUUUGUAAUUCUGUUUUCUCAUAUAUUUAUUCAUACACUUUUUAAUUUUAAGACUUUUUGUAAUAGUUUGUUAUAAAUUCCAUUAAUAUCAUUAAAGUUUGUUCUUUUUCAUCAGAAUUGUUUUACUGCCUUUUUCUAUGAAAAUAUAUCCCAGAAUAAAUUUACAGUUGGAUUCAAUUGGUAUCUAAGCUUUAUCUGAACCUGAAAUCUUCAGAUUUUAAUGCUGCUUUUGAUCAAUUUUCGUUUUUCGUAUUCUUGUGAAAAAGCAGUUUCUUUAGAAGUGUAAACAAAUAAAAUGAAAUGAACAUCUGACAGUGUAUACUUGAGGAAAUGAAUUAUGAAUAGGUGAUUACUGGUAACAUGACAAUCUAUUUAACAGAGGUUUGUUGCUCAAUUUAUCGAUCAGUAUAAAAAAAAUGGCUACAACUGCAUAAUGUAUAUGUAUAACUAACAGAAUAAAUGCCUUGUCAUAAAA